CGGCGUUUCUGCAAGCCCUAUGCUGGAAGUGUGCUUUCGCUGGAUGAUUUCAGUGAGUUUGCGCAUAAAUUCCGACUUCCCACUGCCGCGAAAGACCGGGAAAGGAAAAAAGCAAAGAAAACUAAAACUCGCCUUCCGGAGGUGCGUCUGACGCACAUCGCGGUCCGCUUUUUCCCGUGCGGCGGCCUCACGAGACUGCGAGUCCUCACGCGCAAGUCGGAACUCAAAAGUGAGCACUUGCGUGUUCUGGCAGAGGCGGACUGA